ACCACCAACUUUACUUUCUUUCAUCAUGUCAGAAGGUAUACCUGCAUCCGGUAUCACAAACCCUGACGCGCCAGAAGGCACGACCGCGACGCCACAGCCAGUUACCGCCGCUCCCGUAGACAAAGGCAAAGGCAAACGCACGGCAGAAGAAGCAGAAGUCGAAGAACGUAACGCCCGCGAGAAAAAACGCGCAGAAGCAAAGGACUUAGCUAACUCUCGUGGCAACGAGGAUGAAGACGACGAAGCACUAGCAGAAGAAGAUGAGGACGAAGACGAAGACGAGGAAGAAGGUGAUGAGGGGGAAGAUGAGAGCGAGGAAGAGGUGGAGGAGAGCUUUGAAGAAAUCGACCCAGGCGCAAUCCGCCAGCGACGCACCCGUGGCGUCAAAAUCGACUACACCAGCCCAGAGGCGCUCGCAAAAGCUGGCCUUAAAGCAGAUGACGGGGACGAUGAUGAGUGAAUGUAAUGAAGGAAUCCUAAAAGUCUCCUUCGCUAUUCUGUCCGCAGGCAUAGACAUUUUGAAUCUCGGUCUCAUAGUGUCUCGUAUUAUUGUCUAUCCUUAAGACUAUCUUGGCUGUAUGGCCAGUAAAAGACUGUUUGUAUCAAAUGCGAUGAAGUCGACAAUUCCACAUCAGCAUUUCGAUAUUCCAAACACCAAAAAAAGUUUGCGUUUACAUUACAGUUAAAUACAUCAUAACGCAUAACAUUGGGAGACGACCAAAUCCAAUGUGCUAUCUGUCUUAUGCAUUAUUAUAUACAAUUUAAGCG